ACACGCCUCCCCUUCAUCAAUCUCACAACUUUCGCAUUUUCCGGAGAAACAUUCAUAUUCUCUUCCUCCAGAUCUCUGCAUGAGAAGGCAAUAAAACCCGGUGUUUAAUCUCCUUUCCUCGUUUAUUCUCACCAUAAAAUUUUAAAGUUUCCUCCCUGAACAUUCACCGUGGAGAUCCUCGCAUCGGGUCGGGGCGCAAGAGGUGGGUUUCACGGCGGAGACAGAUCCAUCUUCCCCCUUCUUCUGAGGGGAUAGCCGAGGCCCUCCGGCCUCGGCGCUUUUCACGCCCCUACCUUCACAAAAUCAAGGUUCAAAAGUUCUUUUUCUUUUUUCUUCUAAUCGUCGCUGAAAGAAGAUGCCUGCUCUAGCUUGCGUCGACACCACCGCCUUUCCGCCACCACCGGCGCCACCAACCUCCGCCGCCGUUGUUGACACCUCCUGCCGCUGGACCACUUCCCUCUCCUCCUCUCUCUACCGGAUCGACGGAUGGGGAGCUCCGUACUUCACAGCGAACCCCUCCGGCAACAUCUCUGUUCGUCCUCACGGUUCGAACACGUUACCUCACCAAGACAUCGAUCUGUUGAAGGUUGUUAAGAAAGUAACAGAUCCGAAGCCGUUAGGCGGUUUAGGAUUAAAUCUCCCGGUUAUCGUCCGGUUCCCUGACGUGUUAAAAAACCGCCUCGAGUCUCUCCAAUCCGCGUUCGAUUCCGCGGUCCAGUCCCAGGGUUAUGAUUCUCAUUACCAAGGCGUGUAUCCGGUUAAGUGUAACCAAGACCGGUUUAUCGUGGAGGAUAUUGUUAAUUUCGGAUCUGGAUUCCGGUUCGGUUUGGAAGCUGGAUCUAAACCGGAGAUUCUCCUCGCGAUGAGCUGUUUGUGUAAAGGUAACCGCGAGGCUUUUCUUGUGUGUAACGGUUUUAAAGACGUUGAGUAUAUCUCUCUGGCUUUGCUUGGGAGGAAGCUUGCGUUGAACACUGUGAUUGUGUUGGAGCAAGAAGAGGAGCUUGAUUUGGUUAUUGAUCUGAGUAGGAAGAUGAACGUGAGGCCUGUGAUUGGGUUACGAGCUAAGCUGAGGACUAAACACUCUGGUCAUUUCGGAGCGACGUCUGGUGAGAAGGGGAAGUUUGGUUUGACGAGUAGACAGAUUGUUCGUGUUGUGAGGAAGCUUGGUGAGAGUGGCAUGCUUGAUUGUCUCCAGCUUCUGCAUUUUCACAUUGGGUCUCAGAUUCCAUCGACGGAGUUGUUGUCUGAUGGUGUUGGGGAAGCUGCUCAGCUUUACUGUGAGCUCGUGCGUCUAGGUGCGGGUAUGAAGGUUAUUGAUGUUGGUGGUGGGUUGGGGAUUGAUUAUGACGGGUCUAAGUCUGGAGAGACGGAUCUCUCUGUCGGUUAUACUCUCGAGGAGUAUGCUGAAGCUGUUGUGGGUUCUGUUCGGUCUGUUUGUGACAGGAGAUCUGUGAAACAUCCGGUGAUAUGUAGUGAAAGCGGAAGAGCUAUUGUCUCUCAUCACUCAGUGUUGAUCUUCGAGGUUGUAUCUGCGUCUAAACCAAUGGCUCUGGCUCAUCAAGUGAAUCAUGAUGAUAUUAACUUCCUGCUUGAAUCUGAGGAGGCUAGAGAUGACUACGAGGAGCUAUACGCUGCUGUGAUGCGUGGAGACCAAGAAAGCUGCCUUUUUUAUUCAGACAAGCUGAAGCAGAGAUGUGUUGAGGGUUUCAAAGAAGGUGUUUUGAGCAUCGAGCAGUUAGCUUCUGUUGAUGGGCUAUGCGAGUGGGUGUUGAAGUCCAUAGGCGCGUCUGAUCCGGUACAGACUUACAAUGUCAACCUUUCGGUUUUCACUUCGAUUCCUGAUCUCUGGGGGAUUGAUCAGCUCUUUCCUAUAGUUCCUAUCCAUAAGCUCGACCAAAGGCCCAUGGCUCGUGGGAUCUUGUCGGAUUUGACGUGUGAUAGCGAUGGGAAGAUUGAUAAGUUCAUAGGCGGUCAGUCUAGCUUGCCAUUGCACGAGCUAGACGGCGGUGGAGGGAAGUACUUCUUGGGUAUGUUUCUUGGAGGGGCUUACGAGGAGGCGUUAGGUGGAGUGCACAAUUUAUUUGGAGGGCCAAGCGUUGUUAGGGUCUCUCAGAGCGAUGGACCGCAUAGCUUUGCAGUGACCCGAGCCGUGCCUGGUCAGUCCUCUGCAGAUGUUCUCCGAGCGGUUCAGCAUGAGCCAGAGAUAAUGUUUCAGAGUUUGAAGCACCGAGCUGAGAAAGUGAUGCAUACUAAAGGUGGUGGUGAAGAUGAAGAUGAUGAGGAGCUGAACAAUGUUGUGGCGUGUCUGGAUCGUUCUUUCAACAAUAUGCCGUAUCUGGCGACUGAGCAGGCAUCUAUGAGUAACUCUCUUUCAGCUGCGAUUAGUAACCUUGGCUUUUAUUACAGCGACGAAGAUGGCUUCGAUUACCUUUCCGCGUGACAAUGUGGUUUGUUGUUGCAUUUAUGUUAUCAUAAAAUCGUCAUUGUCCGAUGUUUUAGUUUCUUUUAAUAACUUUUUUAAGAAUAAUAAUCAGAUGGUGAGAUCCAUCGUUGUUUGAGGUUUUAAUUUGAGGAUCCGGAUGAUAUAAUCACUUUUGUGAAAUUCGGAUCUUUGUAUCUUAAUUCAUAUUUUAUUAAAUAAAAGACCGUUU